AUGUCCGGAGGCAUCUAUCGUCUCAUAUGUCAUGUAGCCGGUAGGUCAAGCAAUGUGAGGGCUUGUCAUAAAGCCAAUAAAGAGGCAAUAAAGGCAUGUGUUGAGACACUAGAUGGUAAGAAGAAGAAAAAGAUAGAGAAGCAAAUUGAAGAGUCUGAACUUAGAAAUGAAGUUUCGAUAUCUGGUGGUGCUACGGAGAUGGAUGAGGAUAUGGAAGUCAUGGGAUCAAGGAGGAGAAGAUGUGAUCAUGGGCCUAUGGGUAGAUUUGUGGAGAUUAAUUCACAUGCAAACACUGAUUCUACAAAGUCUACAAAGCAAGCUAGUUUGGUUGCUUUGAUAGACAAGAAGAAGGUGAUCGAUACGCAACAAUACAUAGCACGGUGGGCCAUUGAGAAUGGUAUUGCUUUCAAUAUCAUUCAAAGUGACAGUUUCAAGCUAAUGACAGAGGCUAUUGGGCAGUUUGGUCCAGGACUACCUAUGUCGAGUAGGUAUCGCUUGGGUGGUCCAUAUUUGAAAGCGGAGGUUGCGAGAGUUAAGAACUCCCUAAAGAAGCAUGAAGAUGAGUGGGUCAUAUCCGGUUGUUCCAUUAUGACUGAUGCUUGGACUGACCGUAAAAGAAGGAGCAUUAUGAACUUGUGUGUUCAUUGUAGGGAAGGGAUCUCUUUCAUUUCCUCAAGGGAGGAUUCUGAUGCAUCCCAUACAGGAACCUACAUAUUUGACUAUGUCAAUAAAUGCAUUGAAGAUGUAAGGCCGGAAAAGGUUGUGCAAGUUGUGACGGAUAACGCUUCUAAUAACAUGGCAGCUGCACGUUUGAUGGAAAAUAAAAGACCCAAUUUAUUUUGGACUUUUUGUGCCGCACAUACGGUGAAUCUUAUGCUUGAGGCAAUUGGUAAACUUCCAAGGUUCAAGAGUGCAAUUGAUACGGCAAGGGCCUUAACCAUAUUCAUAUAUGCUCAUCACUCAACCCUAAGCAUGAUGAGAAAGAUGACGAAGAAGCGUGACAUAGUACGGUUGGGUGUGACACGCUUUGCUACUAACUACCUUUGUUUGCAAAGCUUGGUGGAGAAAAAGGAGCAACUAAGACUUAUGUUUGCUUCAGAAGAAUGGGCCCGAAAUUCACAUUCUAAGAGUGCGAAGGGAAAAGUGGCAUAUGCGACAGUUGUUAGCAUCUCCUUUUGGAAGUUCAUGAACUCUUGUUUGUUUGUUUUUCGUCCAUUGGUGAAAGUACUUCGGCUUGUUGAUAGUGACAGACCAUCUAUGCCAUGGUUGUAUAGAGAACUUCAAUCGACGGUAAGAGAGAUCAAGGAAGACGUAUGUAGUGGACUUGAAAAGAAUUAUAAAUUGAUAAUUGACAUAAUUGAGAGUAAAUCGAAAGGAAGACUUGAUUCCUCUUUGCACUUGGUGGGUUACUUGCUUAAUCCGUACUACUUUACAAAGAAUAGGGUGGAUAUAGGAGAUGAUGCAACUAUAAUGGAUGCAUUUCUCGAUUGUGUGGAAAAGUUCUUCCCCGAUGAUAUGACCACUCAAGGGAUAGUGUCUGAUGAUGAAUUGAUCAAGUAUAAGAAAUUGAAGGGAAUGUUUGGAAGAAAACAAACCAUUUUUGCUUAUGAAAGUAAAGGUGUCAAUGAGUUCAAUCCUGAUAAGUCUUAA